AUGCCGAAAGCAGGCGAGGAUUCUGAUGAAUCCGAGACGUCAUGGCGAUCUGAGGAUCGUGCUGUGGAUCGGGACCAGGAUCCGUGGAGCAAUGGGCAAGACCCCUGGUCGCGAUCUUUGCCGCAAGUUCCCACACCGCCAAAUCGGGUCCAGACACGGGACACGCACACAGAGAGCGAAGCCACCGGGAGGCCAUAUGCGCCGCAUGCUGCACAAGAGGACCCCUGGGCGGACGGUAACGACCCCUGGUCACAGUCCAUGCCACGGCAGGCAGUCGGCAUCCCAAGUGGUAAAGGCCAAGCCCCCAUACAUGUCUCUCAAUCAGCGAACGAACCCAAAGGCUUCGCCAAGGGCUUUUCCAAAGGGCCUGGGAAGGGAGUUCCGGGAGUUCCGGGAGUUCCGGGAGUUCCGGGAGUUCCGGAGCCAGUUCCGGAGCCACCACCGAGAGGCCCCGAGCCCUUCAAGGGUAGCAGCAAAGGCUUUGAGACUGCGAAGCCCAAACCUCGCCCGCCCCCAGUGCCUGACGAUGACUCACCCAGAACGCCGGCCACCAAAGCUUCGAGCUAUGGCAGCUAUGGCAGCUAUGGCUCGAGCUAUGGCAAGGGCACUGGCAAAGCGGGCUUUCAGAACGGCACCUCGCAGCCUGCGCAGCCGUCGCAGCCUUCGCAGCCUGCUGGCCAUGAUGCUGACAGUGACAGGGCGCUUAGCGAGCGAAAGCGAAUGUGGUUCACGAAGGGGAACCAGUAUCCGUCCCCCCUGGCUAUGGAGGUGAUACAGACGCAAGAGAUCGAAGGAGAGCAGUUUCUGGACCGGCCUCUAGGCGAGCCUCUUUUGAAGUUUCAAAGCUGGUUUGUUUUGCUGGGCGUGUGCUGCUAG